AUGCCUCCCCCCACCAGGGCCCCUCUUGAGGACCCCCGGCCCCUGACCUCCCCUCUCCAACCCCUAGGACACGUGUCCAACAUGAGACAGUGGAGGAAGGAGGGAGUGGGAGCCCCCCGCUCCCCGGUAGUCGGAAAGAUAAAGGACACUUACAGGAAGCGGGUGCCCCUGGCCCGGGGGUGGGGGGGGACGGACGGACGGACAGGCGGCCGGACGGACGGCCGGAAGUCACCCCGACGCCGCUUCCGGGCAGGCCGCUCUAGGCCCCCGCCCGCCUCUAUGGUCACCAAGGGCCCCCCCCCGCCCCUGGGCAACCCAAGGUCUGCGGACCGCGGUCUGGGUCCCCGCGGGCUCCCGCCUCCCCCGGCCGCCCGGGCGCGGGGACACGGGCCCGGGGCGAGGCCGCGGUCGUCGGCGGGAACGCGCCGUGCCCCGCCCGCCAUCUCCUUUAGCGGCGGAGCCCGGUCCGGCGGCUCCGACCCGCUCCCGCAGCUCCCUCCAACCCUCCAAGAAAAGGGACCCUCACCACCCCCUUGCCCCACCACGCCCCCUGGUGGGCGGGGACGGACCCUCACCACCCCCUGCGCCCCACCACGCCCCCUGGUGGGCGGGGACGGAACCCCACCCCCUUCCCCGCACCCCACCACGCCCCCUGGUGGGCGGGCCCGGACCCUCACCACCCCCCGCCGCGCCCCACCACGCCCCCUGGUGGGCAGAACCCGGCCCCUCACCCUCCGGGCCCUGUCCCGAGUUGCCUCUCUGCCUUCUGGCCCGGCCAUGGCCGUGUCCCCACUGGUGGCCCUGAUGCUGCUCUACCUGCCCCUAUCCAACACGACCCGCCUCGGAGGCCGGAUCCCGCGCUCGUUCGGGAAGUCGGGGGACCUGCGGAUCGGAGGCGUCUUCCCCAUCACCGACACCGACUCCCAACCCGCCGUCGCCUUCGCCUCCCGCCCGCCGGCGCGGAGCUGUGAGCUCUUCUCCUCCACCAUCUACCGGGUGGUCCAGGGCUUCCUGUAUGCCGUGGAGGGGGUCAACGGAGACCCCCACCUGCUCUCCAACCUCACCCUGGGCUUCUCCGUCUGGGACUCGUGUGCCCUGGUGUCGGAGGCGCUGCUGGGGGUGGCUGAGCUCCUGACGGGACGAGGGGAGCCCACCCCCAAUUACCGCUGCGGGGUCCCCUCGCCCGUGGUGGCCUUCGUCGGAGAGGACCGAUCCACCCUGUCCAUCGCCAUGGCCACUUGGCUCGGCCUGUACAAGGUCCCACAGAUAAGUUAUGCCUCCACCGUGCCCACCCUCAGCGACCGGUCUCGUUUCCCCUCCUUCCUGCGGGCCCUGCCGCCAGAUGGGCUCCGGACCUCGGCCCUGGCCCAGCUGGCGAUCCGCUUGGGCUGGACGUGGGUGGGCAUCUUCGCCGACGACGAUGACUACGGGCUGCAGGGGGGCUGGGGGCUGAGGGCCGAGCUGGAGGCGGCCGGGGUCUGCGUGGCCUUCUUCGCCGAGCUGCCCACUACCCGGCGGCCGGAGAAGAUCCGUCGCCUCAAGGACGAGAUCCGGAGACUGACAGCCCGGGCCCUGCUGGUGGUCUCCAGUGACAUCGACUAUCUCCGAGCCGCUCUGGACAUGAUCCUGAAGGAGGAGGGGAGAGGCAGCCGCUUGGUGGGCACAGCCUGGGCACACAGCGAUAGCUGGAGUAGCACGGACAUGUUCUCCUUCUCCGCCGGGCCCAUCAACUGGAUACUGCAGGGCUCCCUGGCCCUCUCCACCCACGUCGAUGAGAUUCCGGGCUUCCUGGAAUUCCUCAACCGUCUCCACCCCGCCGGGAAUCCGGAGGACAUCUUCCUGAGGUCCUUCUGGGCCGAGACCUUCGGCUGCCGGUGGGCAUCCCCGGGGCCCGAGAACGAGACCCUGCCUUCUGAGGGGAGCGAAGCCGAGACGGCACACUUUGCUGUGGGCAAUUCAAGCAUCCGCGUCUGCACGGGGUCGGAGAACCUGCGGGGUCUCCCCAUCCCCUUCCUGGACCUGAGGGACUCGAGUGCCACGUUCCGCGCCUACGAAGCCGUGCAGAGCAUCGCCCGCGCCCUGCGGGCCCUGAGCCUCUGCCAGCCCCCGGAGGGUCCCUUCGCGGAUGGAGCAUGUGCCAAGAUCGGAGACUUCAAACCUUGGCAGACCCCCCGCUCUGUCUGCAGUGAGAGCUGUCGGCCAGGCUCCGUGCGUACCCCACGACAGGGCCAACCCCCCUGCUGCUUUGACUGUGCUCCCUGUUCGGAGGGAGAGAUGGCCAACCAAAGUGACGCCCUGACAUGCCAGCGUUGUCCGGAUGACGAAUCUUGGCCCAACGAAGCCAAGGACCGGUGCGUGAUGAAAGCGGUGGAGCAUCUCUCCUACAGCGACCCUCUCGGCACCGCCUUGGCUUCUUCGACGGUGGCUGCCGCCCUGCUCCCCGCCGUCAUCUUGGGCCUUUUCUUCCGGUUCUCCCACACGCCCGUGGUCCGGGCCAACCGCCUGGACCUCAGCAACGUGCUGCUGGGCUCGCUCCUCCUCUGCGACCUGGGCUGCCUCCUUUUCCUCACCCCGCCGACGCGCCUCACCUGCCUCCUCCGCCAGGCAGCCUUCGGGGUCCCGUUCGCCACCGGGGUCUCGUGCGUGUUGGCCAAGACCGUGGUGGUGGUUGUGGCCUUCCGGGCCACGGUCCCCGGGAGCGUCCUCCAGGGAUGGUUGAAGCCCUGGCUCCCCCAAGCCAUCGUGGCCGUGGGAGCCCUGAUCCAGGCGGUCAUCUGCGCCUCGUGGAUGGUCUUGGCGCCGGCCUUCCCCGAGCGGGACACGCGGUCCAGUCCCGGCAAGGUCCUCCUGGUGUGUAACGAGGGGUCACCCGUGGCCUUCUGGUGCGUCUUGGGCUACCUGUGUCUCCUGGCCUCGGCGUCCUUCGUCCUGGCCUUCCUCGCCCGCCGUCUCCCCGACGGCUUCAACGAGGCCAAGUUCAUCACGUUCAGCAUGGUGGUGUUCGUCAGCGUGUGGGGGGCCUUCCUCCCGGCCCACCUGAGCACCCGCGGCCGGGCCGCGGUGGCCGUGGAGGUGUUCAGCAUCCUCUGCUCCAGCUCCGGCCUGCUCGGCUGCAUCUUCUUCCCCAAGUGCUACAUCCUCCUCCUGCGGCCCGACAGGAACACCCGGGAGGCUCUCCUGGGAAGACGAACUCCGGCCAGGAAAAAGCAGAUCUCUCCGAAGACUGUCGCUGGUCCUUCUCACGCCCAGAUCCUGGAAGCGGGGCUGCCAUCGGGCCGAAGAUCUCUCUGGGAAUUUCGGGGGAUGAUGAAGCGCCCCUCCUCUCCCCCGACACUCAAUCCGGAUUCUCCUUCCUCGAAAUGA